CUUAGCUGGGUCACCGCAUUAAAGACACCGUUGCCAAAGCGCGUGCCGAAGCUCUCAUGCUGCGGCGAAAGGUCGAUUGCGAGUAUGCGAAGGGUCUCGUCCAAGCGUAUUUUGCGAUUCUGACGCAAGGAUGCGGCAACUCGAGCUGCAACAACUCUGUGUGUCGGUCCAACCCAGCUGCCCCAGUCCUGAGUCCCAACGACGCGGCCAUCCAGAGUAUUGUCUUGGCCGUAAAGUCCCCCGUGGCCAUCUGCUUAAGCUUGCCUUCAUCCACAUCGUCCUUUCAACAGCCCAACGCACCACCUUCGUCGUCAUCCUGUCUCGAACUCGAAGUGCCCGAGACUGACGACGACAAUGACGAUACCAAGCAAGCGGCGCCAUCAACACCUCGGAAGCGCUUGACCACGGCUGUUCUACUAGACACGUCCAUCAACGUGACACCUCUGCGCCAAGCGAGAUCUGUGCCAAAGAAAGCCGUUGCGUCGUCUAUGCUUGACAAGAACCUUCGGGCGUCCAGUCCGAUGAAGCAUCAACGCGCACUCGAUGGACCGUGACCACAAAAACACGCAUCGAAGACGAACAUUCCUUAAAAGCUCAUUUCUUUCUUGUCUAGACA